GAAUCCGACAAUGUAGAUAAAACCGUUAAAUGCAGUUGAGAGUGUUUCUCAUUCUCGCUCCAUGUCAUGUUACUUCAACCGCACUCUGGUUCUUCACAAAAUGAGCUUCCCCUCUCACUCUCUCUCUAUUUCCGCCACUAUCGCCGCCAAUGCCGUCCCCCUUGCCACUCCCGAGACUGACCCCGUUCCUCUGCAAUUCUCGGUGCUUCGCAAGAUCGAAUCUUGCAGAUCCAUUCAAGAGAUCAAACAGUUUCACGCCCUCGUCAUCAAAUCGAGGCCCCUUCAGACCCAGUUCGUGUACAACGCCAUUAUGAGAGGCGUUACGAGUUUCAGGACCAGGUGCGGUUCCUCGUUGGAAGCAAUUCUGUUGUACAGAGAGAUGCUUAUGAAAGGACUGGUGCCCAAUGAUUAUACCAUCCCGUUUCUUCUCAAGGCUUGUGCGCAGGAGUAUGCUCUGAGGGAAGGGGAGGAAGUUCACGUGCACGCCAUCAAGACUGGGCUGUUGGGUUCUAAUGUCUACGUGAACAAUACUCUGAUGAGGGUUUAUGCGGUCUGUGGGGUUAUUGGAGCUGCUCAGAAGCUGUUCGACAAAAGUCCCCAACGGGACUUGGUCUCGUGGACGACGUUGAUUCAAGGAUAUGUGAAAACGGGGUCCCCAAGGGAAGCUGUCGAGGUGUUUUUUAGGAUGUGCGAAGCUAAUUUUGUAGCUGAUGAGAUGACGCUGGUGAUUGUGCUCUCGGCAUGCGCUAUGUUGGGAGAUUUGAGUCUAGGGAAGAGGAUUUACAGGUAUAUGCAUGAAAAUGAGGUAAAGAGAGAUGUUUUUGUCGGCAAUGCUUUGGUGGACAUGUUCCUGAAAUGUGGCGAUGCGGAUCUCGCUCGCUGGGUUUUCAGCGAGAUGCCCGUGAAAAAUGUGGUAUCUUGGAAUUCGAUGAUAUUGGGACUGGCUCAGCAAGGAAAAUUCAAGGAAGCGUUGGUUGUAUACGAGGAAAUGCAAACCCUAGGCAUUAGGCCCGAUGAUGUUACUCUAGUUGGUGUUUUGAAUUCUUGUGCUAAUCUUGGAUUGCUUGAGUCCGGGAAGUGGGUUCAUGUGUACAUCGAUAAACAUAUGAUUAACGCAGAUGGAUUCAUAGGGAAUGCUCUGGUUGAUAUGUAUUCAAAAUGUGGAAGCAUAAGCCAAGCGCUUAGAGUUUUUCAAGGGAUGAAACGCAGGGAUGUCUAUUCUUAUACAGCCAUCAUCGUUGGUUUAGCAAUGCAUGGAGAAGCAGCACAUGCUUUGGAAAUCUUUUCUGACAUGUCUCUGGUGGGCAUUAGACCGGAUGAAGUAACUCUCCUCGGUGUGCUUUCAGCAUGUAGCCAUGCAGGACUCGCAGACGAAGGACAGAGACAUUUUGAGGACAUGUCAAGAGUUUAUGGCUUAGAACCUCAAACAGAGCAUUAUGCCUGUAUGGUGGACCUUUUGGGUCGUGCUGGAUUGUUAAGCGACGCAGAAGAGUUCAUAAAGAAUAUGCCGACUGAACCCGAUGCCUUUGUUUGGGGGGCCUUAUUAGGAGCCUGCAGAGUUCAUGGGAAAGUUGAGCUUGGGGAACUUGCCAUGAAGAAACUAGUGGAAAUCGAGCCAGAGCGAGAUGGUGCGUAUAUAUUGAUGUCAAACAUGUAUUCAUCUGCAGACAGAUGGCGAGAUGCGUUAAAAUUGAGAAAGUUCAUGAAAGAAAAGCAUGUGAAGAAGACUCCAGGUUGUAGUUCCAUUGAACUUGACGGCAUAGUUCACGAGUUCAGGAAAGGCGAGAAAUCACACCCGAAAAGUAAAGAGGUCUGCAGAUUUCUCGAAGAAUUUACGAGUCACUUGAAGAGCUUUGGGCAACAAGACAAAAUUGCAUUUGCUUGAUCUUGAGGCAUUCGGGCGCUUGCCAAGAGAACUUGAGAAAGGGAAAAAGAAAAAUCUGUCAUUUAAGAAAGAAAUACAACAGAAAGUCAGCUGUGAAAAAAGUUGAACAUAAAAAUCGAUCAUGGAAGCCUAUCUAACAUUUCUGGUUGUGUACUUCAUCAGGCACCAGAUUCUAUACUUUGGCCAUUUCUUGCACUGAAUUAAUCACCGCGACUUCACUGACAAUGACAUUAACUUAUUCUAGAAUGCUGCAGAGUCAAACUACAUUCAUCAUCUACGACACAAGAGCUCCAACUUGUGGUGAGAAUGAAGAUGCAUGCUCUCAAUGCCAUUUGAAUCAUUUUCGUCUGUUGAGGUCUCUAGAGGAUGCCUUCCUCGUGAACUUGCACUCUAAAAACUUGGCUUGUCAGUUUACACAGGAGAAUCUCAAUUCGAUAUCCCUAAUAGCAUUCUAUGGAUUACCCUUUGAGCACAAUCUGAUGUGCUCUGAUUCCAAAGAUGUAGAAUUUCUUUUUGUAUAUUAUAUGGAUGGUAAUUUUCUCACACCCCAUUUUCUUCACAAUUUUAAAAAUUUUAAAUCACUUGCAUAGUCUCUCUCUUUCUCUCACAAAUUUUUCCUUGAAAAUGAGAGAACAGGUUAAGCUUAUUUUAUGAAACUAUUCGACCAAUUUUAUCUUUUGCACACUCAAUCGUGUGUGCCUGAACUAACAAAACAAGAAAUGAUUGUUAAUCUGUUGUUUAUACCCCAUAUUUUUUGCUUUAUUUUAUUUGUGAAGCUAAGCAAAUGGCAGACGAGAAGUUCAAGAAGAUUUUUGACUUCCCGAGAUCUUCUCUUCCUAACGGCCACAUUAGCCAAAAGAUCAGCUUCCACCUGAUCCUUUGCUAUCUUCCCCAACAACCCAUCUCUCUCUCUCUCUCUCUCUCUGUGUUUGCCUCUCUUUUUGUCAAAACUUUCCAUUGUCACAUUACUUCUUCCACCUUUUUCAGCACCUCUCGUACACCAGAAGCUUACUUCCUUCAAGCUCUCUCUCAACCUCUAAUCUAAGUCUUCAUAAUAUAGGUGGGCCUCUAUCUUGUGUCCUCUUUACUUCGGUUCAUUUGUUGGCGACUUAGCCGUGCGUGUUCAAAUGGAAGAUUUCAACUGACGGUCGCUUUUCAACCUAGUUGCCCUAGUUGUUGUCUUCUCCAAUGAAAGUUUCCAUCUCCAUUUGGCCUUCUGACCUUUCUAUAUGAAUGACUUAUAUGCUGUCUAAGAGUUCCUCCAAAUAGAUA